CAGGUGGGCGCGCAAGUCAUGCUGAUCAAGAAUAUGGUCCAGGGAGAGCUGGUUAACGGGUCUGUAGGGCAAGUGGUCAGGUUUAAUACUUCUGAAGAAGCUUUGAAGUCCGCUACUCCAAUUGUCACGGAAGAAGGUCUCAAAGGUGGACUCUCCACGAAGUCCGAAAUUCCUGCCAAUUACGACAACUCACAAUGGCCUGUUGUCCGAUUCACGUGUGGCAGAGAACUACUAUGUGUACCAACGGACUUCACGGUCAAUAAUGCGGAUGGUGGUACCGAGGCGAGAAGACGACAGGUG